AUCCAUCCGCAAAUCAUCGACGACGAUCCGAGGAGAACGGAGCAACGGAGAGGCCGGUGGGGCCGGACGGGUCAUCGAACACGCAACAAUCUCGUGUGCGCGUGCGAGCGUAAACAGAUGUAGGACAUCCCGGUGCUCCUAGUCUUCCCACAUCGUGCCACGGAAACCGCUCGAUUUCAUGGCACUCGGCGAACGCCACGAUGGGACGGGACUUUCAGCAAGACCCCGACCGCGACCCGAGGUGCGGAGAGGACCUGCCGACGCCAGCGCGUUCCUCUGUCCGCUCGUCGUUCAAGCUGCGUCGCUACACGAUCCUCGACAGUCUGUGCGUCCUCUGUUCUGUCGGCAGCUUCCUUUUCGACACCGGCUCGGACAUUUGGGUGGCGUACCGGCACUACAAGGACGGUAGCUUGUGGUACUUCGGCCUGACCGUCGCCUUCAUCCUGGUACCAGCCACCAUCAUGAUGUGCUUCAGCUUCCGCUGGUACCUGCUUGACCUGAAACUCAAGCUGGGGACCCAUCCUUCGAAGGUGGAAUGGUGCAUCCGCGCUGUCUUUCACAUCCUCCAGUUAGGGCAGGUGGUCAGGUACGUGGACACGCUCAUCUACGGCCUCAAGAGCAACCGCAACAAGUCGGAGCAGCGGGAGUUCUACCGGCGGAGUGCGGAGGAGGACGUGGAUGCCAGCAUGCUGCGCCUCUUCGAGUGCUUCAUGGAGGCCACCCCUCAGCUCAUCCUGCAGAUCUGCAUCUUGGCCAGGGACUUCCCGCACCAAGAGGAGGACUUUUGGACCGUUGUGGCCCAGAACGUUUCCAUCGUGACGUCCCUGGUGUCGGUGGCCUGGUCCCUCGCCUCGUACAACAAGGCCCUGCGGCUGGUCAUUGAGGACAAAGCCAACAUGCGCUGGCGCGGGGCCGCGCUCUACUUCCUCUGGCGCCUCUUUGUCAUCGUGCCCCGAGUCCUGGCCCUGGGCCUUUUCGCCUCCCUGUUUCCGCUCUUCAUGUUCCUGGUGUGCGGGGUGCGCUGGCUUCUCAUGUCCGCCUGGAUCAUCUCCAUGAAGACCCAGUUCUACGAGAACAGGGUGGAAGAGUUGGUCUACAACCUGGUACUGGGAGUGGUCUUCAUCUUCUGCUACCUGAACCCCGUGGACACCCCAACGCGGUACCGCUUUGUCAUCUUCUACGUGGUAACCUUUGUGGAGAACAGCGUGCUCCUGGGCAUCUUUUAUGCCUACAGCCCCACGGGCAUCUGGUACAAGUUUCCGGCAGUGCUCGGCGGAACCCUCUGCUUCGUGCUGGGCAUUGCAUUCAUGCUGAUCUACUACCUGCUCCUGCAUCCGACGGGCAACAUCCCCGUGGUCCUACGCAGAAACCAGUGUAGCCCCAUCUCCAGGCUCCAGAUAAAGCAGGACAUCCUCAAAGAGGAUGUGCUCCGGGAAGAGGUCCUCAAGAAAGAGAUUCUCGGCGAAGAAGUGCCAAAGGAAGAGAUCCUCCGCAACGACGUCGGGAACGACGUGGAAUCUCCGGACAAGCCGCAGGCCGUCGAAAGAAUGUCGUGCCGCUGCACUUGCGCCGAAGGCAUGACGCAGUGCUGACGACAAUUGUCGUUUCGCUUUUGUCUUUAAGACAGGUUCACUCGUUUGCGUUUGGGUGUGCUCAAGCUCGUUGCGUUCACACUAGUGCGAUCAUUAGGUAGCCCAGGCAACACCUCCGACCUACGUAUAUAACUACUGGAGGUCUUGUAGUAUUCACGAGAUCAAAUCUACGCACAUGGUAAGCGGCUUCGAAGGAACACAACGCACCUGGAUGCACUCAAACGCAUACGUGCGAACCCACUUUUAUAAUUUCUUUACGAGGCAGCCAACUUACUCGUCGUCUACAAUGAAGCCACGAGAGAGAUUGUCGAGAUACCUUGUGUGGAAACGAAAUGCAUUUGCAGUGAGAUUUCUACUUCUGCCGGCGCUGUAGUCACUGAUGGGGCGAGAAGGGCGGGGAGCUCCUUUGGGUGUCCCGCCUCUGGGUCAAGCUUCCUACUUUCGGCGCAUCGUAGACUGCGGGCACCCACGCGCAGCCAAAGCAUGAAAGAAAUGCAACAAGCGCGUGCCAGGGGAGGGGCAUCCGAAAGAGACGCCUCAUACUUUUUGAGUCGUAGGCAAGAAUGGCCGCUGCAGAUUCGGGGAUUUUGCAUGUCGGUCGCGACUGGAUUUGUGUCGCAGUCGCAAGUUUUUAGUGUUACGGCGAUGUGACCGUGAGUUCGAGCGCGGCAGUGUUUAGUUCAAAUAUUGCGGCCAUGUAGGUUGGUGAAUUCGAGUGGCAGCUUCUUGAAAAUUCUACCGUGUAUGGCGUGGGUGGCCAGAUGUCGGGUGUCGUAAAGUUUUUAUGACGUUGUGAUUGUGGGCGGCUGAAAGCUUCGGGAUCAUGCGACUCUCCGGUGCAAAAACGUCGACAGGCAAUUUUGUCGCUCCAAGCACAGAGCCGUUGGCGAGAGACUGUCUAGUCAAGUACUUGGGGUAAUAUAUACGUGUGACAGACGUGCAGAGUAUAACUUGUUCAUGCUAUAUUUCGAAGGGACUGUUGCCUCGAUUUUUUACACUUGUUUAGCUGUUACCUAAGGACUCCAUGUUUUGUACACACAUAUUUAGUUUUUAUACGAUGAGCUAAACAAAGUAUUUGUUGUGGAACGAUGUCACUGAGUACUCCAGGUUCAAUUCAGAUAUUCAGGUGAGAGACAUUGCAGCGUCCUUGGACAUUUGUACCAUUCUCCAACCUCCAGUGACCCUUGAAGAAACCAUGGGUCCAUUCACAGGUGGGGGGAACGCAAAAGAGGUCACAACAGAGCUCACAAUUUACCGGAAAGGAGUCCGUACACGAAUAGCAUGUUAUACCUGCCAAUUGCUGUUCGAUCUCUACAAGGUUUCCCUGAUCUCAGUUUCUUUAUGUGCGCCUCCCUUUUGCAGGGACUCUUAUCAGCCGGGCGUAAUAUUACAUUUCCACCAACUGUACAAGUGCCAAUAACUUAAUCGACCUGUCCUUUUCGGAUCAUGACAGAAUGUUAGAUUUAGGGAUAUCUCCAUAGAGAGCCUCCCACAUUCCCCACUAACAUAGUUUGUGUUCUUCCGUUCUCCCCACCCCUUUUGGCAUCUCGGUUUCUUCCAAAUAAUACAUUUGCUAUGAAUUUCGACUUUAUUUCACGAGUUGAGAGCUGCACUAUCAAAAGCACAUGGCACAAGAGCACAGCACCCUUUCAAUCCCUAAUUUGGGGGAUUUAAGUACCAAGCCAAACCCUCGGAGCAAUUUAUGUUCCAAGCCAAAACCUCGGAGCCACAAAAGUUGUUUCUAAAACAAUGUGUUUAUGCCUUUUACAAUGAUGCACAGGACUCUUGGGAUAAAGUGUGGGCCUCAUUAUGGAAAUGAGACUCUGUCAAAUCCUAUUCACCUUAGCAAUGUGGUGCAACUUCUAAGGACAGCCACGUCAUCAGUGGUGCUUGUGGUUAUCAGAUUUUGCAGGAUUGAGAUUUUUAAAGCAGUGCAGUGCAUUUAUGGCGGCGACACGCACUUCGCCGGAUGGAAACGAAAUGGGCCGUCUGAUUAGCGUGUGGCGAACCAUCGUAACUUGCGAUUCUCCACAAUCUAGUGGAAUGUCUGUGAUAACUGAAGAAUUCCUGUAAUGGCAAUGCUGCCGUGUUUCUGGUAUAACGCUUCUUUUUUCCGUCGUGGCGAGAGGACGCAUUUUUCCGCCAGGAUUCCACAAGCACGAGUCUUGUACUCUUCGUUUAAAUAAAAUUAGAAUUGCAAAGUUA